UCCCGCCGAUGCAGGUGCGCGUGGGUUCGUGUCGGAGGAUCGGCGCGUGACGCCGCUGCACGCCGGUGCGCAGGACACGAGCAGCAGGGCGCGCGCUCACAUCCGGCCGGUCCAAGAUGCGCUCGCGCUGCUGACGGACUACGAAACCGCUGGACAGACGCUUAAGCUCGCGCGCUUUCGGCUUCACAGCAGGAAGAUGGAAGCGGACGCGGAUGGAGACGGAGCGAGCAGCAGCCUUCCUGAGGCCGGGGAAGGCAGCCCGUUAUCCGCCGAAACACCGGUGUUCGGGAUCGAUGACAACCAGGCUACGGAUGCAGGUGAACACGAUGCUGUCAAACAGGCUUUCGUUACAGAGAUGGCAUCAUCUUCAGGCCAGCCCGGUCUCGGGAAGAAGAUCGGACACAGGGGAGUGGAUGCUUCUGGAGAGACAACUUACAAAAAGACCACAUCAUCAGCGUUAAAAGGAGCCAUCCAGCUGGGCAUCGGCUACACGGUGGGCAAUCUAAGCUCCAAACCUGAGAGGGACGUCCUCAUGCAGGACUUUUAUGUAGUGGAGAGCAUCUUCUUUCCCAGUGAGGGGAGCAACCUGACACCUGCCCACCACUUUCCAGACUUCCGAUUUAAGACCUAUGCUCCUGUGGCUUUCCGUUACUUCAGGGAGCUGUUUGGGAUUCGUCCUGAUGACUAUCUGUACUCACUGUGUAACGAGCCUCUGAUCGAGUUAUCAAACCCAGGAGCCAGUGGUUCUGUGUUCUACGUGACCAAGGAUGAUGAGUUCAUCAUCAAAACCGUCAUGCACAAGGAGGCAGAGUUUCUGCAGAAGCUUUUGCCUGGAUAUUACAUGAACCUUAACCAGAACCCUCGCACUUUACUGCCUAAGUUUUUCGGCUUGUACUGCGUGCAGUCUGGAGGAAAGAACAUCCGGAUAGUGGUGAUGAACAACAUCCUGCCCAGGGUGGUACGCAUGCACCUGAAAUAUGACCUCAAGGGCUCAACGUACAAGCGCCGGGCCUCCAAAAAAGAGCGAGAGAAGGCAAAGCCGACGUUUAAAGACCUCGACUUCAUGCAGGACAUUCCUGAGGGUCUGAUGCUGGAUGCAGACACUUACAAUGCCCUGGUCAAGACACUUCAGAGAGACUGCUUGGUUCUGGAGAGUUUUAAGAUCAUGGAUUACAGCUUGUUGCUGGGGCUGCAUAACCUGGACCAAGGUGAGAUGGAGCAGAAAAUCGAGGGCUCUCAAAGCAGCAGUGAUGGAAAAAGACCACCAGCCCAGAAAGCCCUCUAUUCCACUGCCAUGGAGUCAAUCCUGGGAGCCUCAGCCUGUGGAGAGGAAAUUGACACAGAUGACACGAUGGGAGGAAUCCCGGCAGUGAACGGUAAAGGAGAGCAUCUGUUGCUGUACAUUGGCAUUAUUGACAUCCUGCAGUCUUACAGGUUAAUAAAGAAGUUAGAACACACAUGGAAAGCUCUCGUUCAUGACGGGGACACAGUAUCUGUUCAUCGCCCUUCUUUCUAUGCAGACAGAUUCUUCAGAUUUAUGAGCAGCACAGUAUUUCGGAAGAGCACCUCCUUGAAGUCUUCUCCCUCGAAGCGUGGACGUGGAGGUCUGGUUGUGCCCAAAUACUCCGGGCCUGGAGCCGCAUGGUCGAUCAGCCAGCUCCCCUCUGAGAGAGAUGACAGUAUUUUUGACCUGCGAGGGGCACGCAGCUUCCCCACGCUGGAGGACGAAGGUCGCUUAGAUGUUCUUCCCGCAACACCUCCAUCGUUUGAGGAUGCCACCACAGCCUCCAUCGCCACCACUCUCUCCUCCACCACCUCUCUCUCCAUUCCUGAACGCUCCCCAUCCGACACAUCUGAGCACCCUCGCUACAGGAGACACACCCUGUCUAGCCAAGAUGGAACGACUCAGGAUGAAGAUCAGCAGACCAUCACAGUGGAGGUUGAGUUGAAGAGACAAGACAGUGAGCCUACCCUCAUAGCACCGCAGCCUUCUCCAGAGAUGAGUGAAGAACCAGACCGCCAAGCUGAAGCUUCCUGUUCCACACAUCCUGUGAGCCCUAAAAUAGUGGUGGACUCAGACUGCACCAGUCAAGCUUCUGGCUGCCCCAGCCACUCCUCUGUAGACGAGGAUGAUGAUGUGCCAAUCAGUGAUAUCUACUUUUUCUCUGAUGGCAGUUGUUGUGUCUGCCAGUCCGUUACACACCGGAGUUUAACUCCAGGCCUCAGUCCUCCGGAGGAGAGGAUCUGGGUUUAUUCUCCUCUGCACUACGCUACAGAGUCUCAGACUCUGGCCACAGGGGACGAGGACAGCGAUACUCAGUGAGGGUGAAGACUCUGAAGAUCCCUCAAGCAUGACGUGGCUUCCAACUCGACUCAACUCUACUGAGCAAACUUCCUGCUGUUUAAUUGACUGUUGUCUUCGAACCUUGUCUUCUUCAAGACCCUAAACCCCUUCCAGGCUGCAGUGUGAAGCUUAAUGCAGAACAUGCACAGGCUAGCCUCAUUCUCAUCCUCCUCUCGUAAUUUUCUUUUCAUCAUCCUGCUCAUCAUCCUCUUCAUCCUCUUCAUCUUCCUCAUCAUUACCCUCUUAUUAUCCUUAUCAACAUACACUGCAUCUUUCUCUUCUUAUCAUCUUCCAAUCAUUCUCCCUUUAUUGUUCUUCCUCCUCUUCAUUCCCCUCGUCAUUGUCUUCUCACAGCACCACAAUGAACAGUAAUAACUGUCCUUUUUUUAAAUAACAUUCCUCUCAUUCAUGUAUUUAUUUAUUUUCUACUUUUUCUACUGUGUGAUUCUCUGAGUGUGUUUCUGUGAACAGAGAAGAUGUUUGGUAUGUAACGUGAGUUUGGAGGAAGCUUGUUCUCGUUUGAUUGAAGGAGCUACAGGUGAGGUUAUAUUGUACACUACAUCACGAGAGAAAUGAUAGAUUUAUUAUUCUACAGUGUUUUUAUCCAGUCUGAUCUUCUGGUUUACCUGCUUUACUACAACAUGCCCCUAAGCAGCCAGAGCAAUGAAAUGAAAGGUGUUUAUUCAGGACAGGAAUGUUGGCAUUUCCAUGUACAGAGAAAAGAAUCAAAACUUAGGGAUAAUCAAUUAUUUAAAAAAGCGUAUAAGGUCAAUUCACCACUCUGAUCAUCAAACAGUAAUGUGUUUCUAUAAUACAGAGGUGAGACGCAAAGUUCACUACCGGGAGUUAAAACACGGGAGCAAUAAAGUAAAAAACACCAUUAAUUUUAUUAUUUGAUUUUAUGAUUUUAAGAUGCAACAAAUAACACAUUCUUUCAUGUGAAAAA